AUGCCAUCAAACGAAAAAUGGAUGAUGCAAAGCUCCCUCCCCGACUCAUUUAGCACACAUCCAUGUCUACCCAUCCAUGUGAGACUGGCUCAAAGUCUCAUCAGCAUUCACCCAGUCAUUCUUUGGCACAGUCUCUGCCCAGGCAUUCUGCUCAGCCAGAUCAGACACCUUCUCCUGCUCCUAGUUCAAACCGAUCUCACUCUCGUAGGGCCACACCUGUUCAAUGCAGCAAAUCCGGAGAUGGUGCAUGGUGUACCAUCCAACAAGGAUGCGGUAUCACUGGUACAAGAAGUUUUGGAUACCAUAUUAUGGACAUACCACAUUAAAAAGCUGAAGCUUGACAAUGGUUAUUUCCCAGAGUAUAAAAUGCUGAUGCCACAACUGCUCUGUGAUGACCUGUUCACCUUUUGUAUGGAGCUCAAAAAAAUUGUGAUAUUUAUUGCGAAGCAAUUAUACGGUAUAUUCUUAAAGGGCAACUCAAUGCACAAGGAGCAUGUCAGGGAAGCAGCAGCUAAGCUCCUGAAGACCAGUGAAUAUCUUCGGCUCCCUGACUCUUCUGAGGGAAAAUAUACCAAUUUUGUGUCACAAGUCCUCAAGGAAGCCUGCCUCAGUUUUUACUAUGGCAAUGGUAAAAAAGCACUCAAACUAACUGAUGAAUUUCAACACAAAAUUUUUGUCAACAGCCUUAUUCUGGUGGCCAUGAUGAAGGGUGUUCUCUCCAGCUUCCACAACAGUGGUACUGACAAGGUGCCUGACCUUACCACUGACAUGUGCAGGGCUGACUUCAACACACUGCAAAAGUCUAUCAACAAGUUGAUGGUCAUUCCCAAGUGGCAUGUUGAGCUUGAAGAGAUGCUGAGGGAAUAG